AUGACAAUUUCUUUGAUUGUUUCAAUUGAUGGUCGAAUACAAGAGCACGCGAUUUAUUGGAAUACGACAAAUUCACUCUUUUCUUCACCGGAUCCCCACGGUUUCGAUUCGUACACCGUUCGUCUCAUUUACGGAGAUACUCUACAAUUUUUCUGCUCAAAGAAACGUCAAGAACAACUCGUUGUUUACUUGGUCGACGAAAUGUCUUUCAUGAAUUGUCUCAUUUCGAGUUCGAGUAAAGAGCAAUUGAGAUGUGACGGAUCGGGUGAGAAAAAGAAACUCCUCCGAACGCACAGCCCCUUCCCGGAAUCGACCCCAUUCGAGCCGGGGAAUUCCUAUUAUUUUAUCUCCACUUCAACCGGUCAUCCAUCGGGCCUCGAGUCUCGUCAUAAUGGACUUAUCAAGAUCACCCUCGUGCCAGGAUCGGUUCACAGAAAACGGAAAGUUCCGAGACCGAGCAAAAACCCCGAGAUUUUCGUUCAAGUCGUUGAGAGUUCCGAAGACGAACGUUUAAGCAAAGACGUUCCACCAUCUUCUGCAUCGAUGACCGAAGAAAAGAUGAAACAAGUCGUUGCUUGGGCACAAAGAGGACUUGAAGGGACAUUUAGAUUUCAAGAACCGAGUGGUGAAAAAUUCGGAUCGAAUGUCGAAGUGAAUCGGGUGGACGGAAGUGCUGAAGCAUAUUAUGUGGUUAAUGAAGAUGCGGCACCGUAUUCCUCGAUUGGACCCUCGGUGCCAGUGACCUCCGCUCUAAUAUUCAUUCUGCUCGCUCACUUUAUU